CGUUCCUUUCCGCCCCGGCCUGCUGCCAUCCUCGGAAACGUUCGGCUGAGUUCGGCCGCUAACGGUCGGUGUGUUCAAAUCUUCGGUUACAGCUCGUCCUGGAGACACAAGUAAAGAAAGAGCCGAGAGAAACGAGGGAGAACAGACGACGGGAACAGAUAGACGGCGUCUCCGAGCGGGAUGACGGUGCUGCAGGAACCUGUCCAGGCUGCAGUGUGGCAGGCUCUGAACCACUACGCCUACCUGGACGCUGUUUUCCUUGCUGAGAGACUCUACGCUGAAGUGAGGUCAGAGGAGGCUCUCUACCUAUUGGCUACGUGUUAUUAUCGCUCGGGGAAGCCAUACAAAGCGUACCGGCUUCUGAAGGCUCACAGCUGCUCCACACCACAGGUUCGAUUCCUGUUGGCAAAAUGCUGCGUUGAACUGAGCAAGCUAGCUGAAGGAGAACAGGUACUGAUUGGUGGAGUGCUAAACAAACAGAAGAGUCAAGAUGACAUCAUCACAGAGUUUGGAGACUCCGCCUCAUUCACGCUGUCGUUACUGGGACACAUCUACUGCAAGACAGAUCGUGUUGCUAAAGGUGCAGAGUGUUUCCAGAGAAGUUCAACUCUCAAUCCGUUCCUCUGGUCGCCUUUCCAGAACCUUUGUCACCUAGGAGAGAAACCAGAUCCAGAUCAGGUCUUCAGGUUGUCGUCUCUACAGAACUAUUCUGUAGCCCCGCCCCACCCAUCUAUUAGCCCCGCCCAGAACCCCUCCCAUCGUCUAGACACCGCCCUGAUGGAGACGCCUCAGGACACGCUGGAGUUGAAUCGUCUGAAUCUAGAAUCAUCUAAUGGAAAGCUGACGUCUGAUUUGUCGGUUUCCUACAUUGACUCCUCCCUCAUCUCCCCGGAGACCGGCUCCCUACUGGGUAACACUGUUUCAAUUGCAUCAGCUGGUUCCUUAUUGGCUAAACAGAACAAGCCCAAGAGUGGGAGAAGCUUACUGGGAGGACCCGCUGCACUCAGUCCGCUGACACCUAGUUUUGGAAUCCUUCCCCUGGAGCCCAGCCCUGGAGACCCCACAUAUCUACAGAACUAUUCAGCUACCAUGGAAACGCAAACUACAGCCCCAAACAAGAAGUCUGUUUCCAGGAUCAGCCAGUCAAAGUCUGUCUUCAGUCAGAGUGGAAACAGCAGAGAUGUUCUCCCUAUCCCCUUCAACCAAUCACAGACCUCCGCUCCACACACCAGUGGCUCUCCUCAGGUCCUCAGUCCCAGUAUGUCUGGUCCUCCAAAUGUUCAACCCAGAAGAAGCUCAAGACUGUUCACUAGUGCCAGCUCUACUGCCAAGGAGAACAGCAAGAAGUUAAAGAUGAAGUUUCCCACAAAAAUCCCAAACAGGAAAACUAAAUGUAAAACAGCAAAGACGUCAAACAGCAGCAACCUGAACGACAGUCUGGACAUUCUGAGACUGGAUCCUGGUCUGAGUCUCCCGGACGCCAAGAUCCCCCAGCACCAGAGGGCGGCCGCAGACAGUGUGAUGGCAUUGUUACGGGAACUGGGGCGUGGUUACCAGGCGCUGUGCUCCUACAACUGCAAAGAAGCCAUCAACAUCCUGACCUCCCUCCCUCCCCAGCACUACAACACCGGCUGGGUCCUCACUCACAUUGGCAGGGCCUACUUUGAGCUGGCCGAGUACACACAGGCCGAGCGUCUGUUCAGCGAGGUUCGCAGGAUCGAGUCGUUCAGAGUUGAAGGGAUGGAGAUUUAUUCGACGACGCUGUGGCACCUGCAGAAAGAUGUGGCGCUGUCCGCCCUGUCCAAGGACCUGACCGACAUGGACAAGAACUGUCCUGAGGCCUGGUGUGUAGCAGGAAACUGUUUCAGUCUGCAGAGGGAGCAUGACAUCGCCAUUAAGUUCUUCCAGAGAGCCAUCCAGGUGGACCCGGGCUUUGCGUAUGCGUACACUCUGUUGGGUCAUGAGUUUGUUCUGACAGAGGAGUUGGACCGAGCGCUUGCCUGCUUCCGUAAUGCCAUCAGAGUCAACAACAGACACUACAAUGCAUGGUACGGUCUCGGGAUGAUUUACUACAAACAGGAAAAAUUCAACUUGGCAGAAAUCCACUUCAAGAAAGCUCUGAGCAUCAACCCCCAGAGCUCCGUGCUGCUCUGCCACAUCGGAGUCGUGCAGCAUGCGUUGAAGAAGUCCGAUGCAGCUUUAGAGACUCUGAACCGAGCCAUCGGGAUUGAUCCCAAAAAUCCGCUCUGCAAGUUCCACCGAGCAUCAAUUCUGUUUGCCAACGACAAGUACAAGGCGGCUCUUCAGGAGUUGGAGGAGUUGAAGCAGAUUGUUCCCAAAGAGUCUCUGGUUUACUUCCUCAUAGGAAAGGUAUAUAAGAAGCUGGGUCAGACUCACCUGGCUCUGAUGAACUUCAGCUGGGCGAUGGAUCUGGAUCCUAAAGGAGCAAACAACCAGAUCAAAGAAGCCAUUGAUAAACGAUACCUGCCGGAGGAUGAAGCGGCGGAGGUGGACGACAGCCAGGACAGCAGUAUCAUGACGGAUGCUGAUGACACGCAGCUCCACACGGCAGAGAGUGACGAUGUCCUUUAGCCACGCCCCUUCAUAUAAGCUCAUCUCCUUCUGGAGCCAAGCCCCGCCCCCUGCUCCUAUUGGCUGGAGGAUUGCUGUUAAUAUGUGAAAUUUUAACAGGCAUUUCAUUAGUUAGGCUCUACCCCCUGUGCUCCCCCUGCCCUCGAUUUGGCUGAAACAGACUGCUGCCUCCCUGAGCCCCGCCUCCUCUUCCUCAUGUCAUCAGUCGUCCUCUGACAUCACAGCUGUUUUUUAUGUUCUUUUUAUCAUCAUUAUGGAAAUAAAUCAAUAAAAACAUGUAAACCCCGA